AUGCGCCCUAAAGUGUACUGUGAAUAUUUGGCAGCUCAAAAAAAGUUUAAAGCAGAAGAAGCCAGAUAUCAAAUUGUGUUAUUGAAGUUAUUCCAAACUGUUGCUUUUUCUCCAGACUACCAAGAUGCUUUUGUGACAUAUGAAAAAAUAAAAGAUGAAGGCAAUGAUGAUUUCAAAU